UUAAAAAAAGGUAUAUUGUUUUUAUGAAUGCUAACGAAUGAGCUUUUGAGCUCUAGAAGAUAAAGACUAUUAAACUGAACUUUUGGACGUCAAAGGGAAAGCUUUCACAGCACAAACAUGGCCGGAACCUCGCGGCCGACAGACUGGAUUCUACAUAUCGAGGAACUUCUCCGGCGAGACGACCUCGAAGCGGCCUUAGAAACUCCGACUUCCAUCUUCAAGCUGCCGGAGUCGAAAACGAAGGAUAACCCACAAGCUUAUUCCCCAUGCCGUGUGUUUUUAGGGCCAUAUCAGGAGAUGAGGCCAGAGCUUCACAAGAUGGAGAUCUUGAAGCUGGAGAAUGCAAAAAAGGCGAAGCAGAAAUUUGAGCUUCCAGAGUUCACUGAAAUGGUGGAACAACUCAAAGAAUUAGACGUCCAAAUCAGAGCCUGUUAUGGCCAAAACUUGCCAAUGGGCUCCCAAGCCCUGGCUUGGCGAAUCCUAAUCGAUGGCUUGUUCUUCCUUCGGCUAUUGGGCAUCUAUCCUAAUGAUAAUCAAGAUAAAGGCAAAGUCUACGACUCCGAUCGUUUCGAGUUCGAAUUGCCUGUUUUCAAUGAGCAACGAUUGUAUCUAAACUCCGAGGAAAACAUAACGACGACCCAAAACGAGAUCGCGAAGGAUUUACUAAAGCUGGAGAAUCAAAUUCCAAUCCAAGCCCUGAAAAUGGUGUUACCCAAAAAUUUGUUUAAAGAAAAUUUACCUCUCUUGUUCUACAAAUUUUGUGCAUCAGUCUCGCCCUUGUCUUUGCCUCCCUUGGACAAUCCCAACUUUUUAGCAUCUCAUAACGGUUGGUUCCCCAAUUUGUGUGGAAUUCUCGACCAAUCCCAACAUUUGCUUCACUUUUUAUACACUUUAUUUCUCUACAAACGAUAUUUGGCCUUUCAACAACCCCUUCAGCAACGGUCGGAUCUCUUCUCGUUGAGUUGCUGAAUGCAAUGGCCAAAGUUAUA